ACCACUAGAUCGACGCACGAGUUGGUGCAGAGAUUAGAGAAACAGUGUCAACAAGAAUCCGCAGACGUGUUACAGUUGGCACGUCAGGUUACACGUGCCAAUAAGGAGAUUGUGUCGUACACGGAUCAGUUGAACAAGUUGGAUCGAUCGUCGAUGCAAUUGACGUCCUCAAUACAAGAGUUUCAAUCGAUGGGCGAACAGGCCUAUUGCGUGCUCCAGGCUAUACAGGAGCAACUCGAGAUCGUCCAACAAGACUUUUAUGCGUUCAGACAUCGCAUGCAUCGCUUGGAUCUGUGGAUGACUGCGAAUCCGGACGUUGUGGGUGCUGCACGGUUAAGGCUCAUGUUGGAUCAUGUGCAUGUUUCGCCUGGUCGUUAUUGGCUUUUGUACCUGAUUGCGGUGACCGUUGUUGCAGUGGCCAUUGUUGCUUUCUGGGAACAGUUGUAGAUAAAGAAAAUGUUCAAAAUGCAGAGUCUUUUUUUAUUUUUGAUAAUUAUGCAGAAUGGUGUGCGAGUGCGUGAGUGAGUGUAGUUCAAGAGAAAAUGUAGGAAUGAAACAAGAGAAU